CACCACCCUCUGUUCUUCUCCCUUCUCACCCUUGCCACAUCUAUUGGUACCUCUAUCUCUCACUACCACUCUCUCUCUCUCCCUCUCUCUCUAUAUUUCUCUCCCUCUGUCUAACUCUCUCUGCCCCCUUCCCUUUAUUCUAUUUGUGGGGAGGUCUUCAUUGUGUCAUUACCAGUGUGACCGUUCAGAUGUGUCUUGUGUCCAAUCCUUUGCAACCAGUGCAAUCUUUUUUUCCAUCACUUUGACGCGUUCGAUUUUUACAACCCUAUCUCCCCUUCUCUCCCAAGAUGUCGUCCCUUUUGAAGGAGGAAUUGGAAAGAGUUUUAUUUCGACCUGAGGGACAGAGACUGGUGGAGUUUAUAGAGAUCGAAGAGCCAGCGCCGGGAAGGCAUUUCUUCUGUGUCGGAGUUUCAAAGAAACUAGGCGUACAACUAUGUAUAGUGGGUUGUAACAAGACCAAAGUCGCAAAACCAGCCAAAACUGAAACCAAGAGUUCCCAAACUAAGCGGUCGUCCUUCCAGGACAGCUACAAGAAGAACGAGAUCUGGGCCCUCCAAGACCUCAGUCUCAUUGACGGACGGGACCCCGAUGUUGAUGAUCCAUGCUUCAUACUGCACUUUGACAAGGUCCGCUCUGUGACUGCUAUCAACUGCUCUGCCAAGUACGCUCUAGUCCGGGCUCUGGUGAAACUCAGUGACAAACACAGUAAAGUUGCUCUGAACGUAGAGAACAUGGAUUGGGCUUACGUCAGGCCCACUUCCUUCUACUCCAACAGGGGAGAUUGUGCCGUUCUCUCACAGAUUUGCUUCUACGCAUUCAAUUUGGUCUGUCUCUCAAUGUGUCCUGUCCCCCUGGACUAAGGGACUCCUGGACUCCUCCCCUGGAGUGUAGUCUAUUUAUGUACAAUUAUUUAAUUUUUCUCAGCUUCACUGUGAAACUACUAGUGUGUACUAGAGUGUGAUGUAAUUGCUUUAUGUGAAGUUUAUGUUGACAUUGAGCACAACAAGAGUUAGCCAUUGUGUAGAUGUCACUUUGAAAUAUGGAUUGAUGCGCAAGCAUGCUUGGCCUCUGCAAAGAGCUGAAGGCCAAUUAUGCACCAAUCAAUACGACUGCUAUUAAUUUGUCUUAUGGAGACAUAACUGUCCAUUCUAUUUGCAGUCAUCUCUAUUGAUAUUAAAUGUGUCAAAUAACGUGACCACUGCCAAUGUAUGACAGAAGUAUAACCUACUUGUAUUUUAAAUCAACUGUGAAUGUAAAAUAUCUCUGUGUAUAUGUACUUUUGAUGUAAAACGAUGUUAAAACGAUGAUAAAUUCAUAAAAUUAA